AGACAGUAUUUUGUAAACUGCACUCACAACCCCAAGUCUACACUCUAAAGUAACCAUGGUAACCGAAGUCCCACAGUAACCAUGGUGAACAUCACGAGGACCCUGGAGCAGCAGCGCCCUGGCGGGAGAGAUCAGAUGGUGUGCAGUAAAACACAUGAGGACCGUCACGUGAUCUACACUAAACCACCCACCAACAGAAUACCUCUCAGAUCACGAGGGAGGAACCCUGACCAGCGAUCUAACACAGUGCAUACCCAGACACCAACUAACGAGUUAUCCUACGAGUUUGAUCGUGCGUUCCACAACUUCAAGGAGAAUGUGAGGCGGACAGUGCCUACCAUGCAGACAGCUCAACAGAGACAACACCUCCGAGUCUACCUUCCCACCAUCAUAGACACCAAACCUAAAAUCCGAAGAUCCCGAUCAAGAGCGGACCCAACACUAACAAAGAUGUUAUCAUGCGCACAACGUGGACCACCUAACCCUUUAAGACCUCCCUGCACGUGCAACCACCGCGCAGCUUCACGUGCAGAACCCAAACAACCAGACGACGAAAUCAUCAAAACCAAACCAGUAUCAGUAUCGCGAGAAUAUAACAUGACACCACGUGACAAUACCACGCGAUCAGAUCAAUACGACAACCACAUAACUCCAGUUCUAGCAGUGGCAAUACGUCGUAAUCCCCAGGACAAGGACCCAAUAGUGCAGUUUAACGGGGUGGCGGGACAUGACCACACCAGGAUAUCCUUCACUCCUUUUGUACGUCACAUCAGCACCCAGACAUCCAAGUCUUAUGUCCAUGUUGAGUUUGAGAUCCCGGAUGAAAUAUGAAAGGUCGCGUUUCGAAAUGAGUUAUCAAAAUGAAGAAACGUUGUUUUACUUUUAGCUGAGGCACGUUUUGCUUCUGUAUGUUUUUUA